GGGCACAAAUAGCGAAAUGCUAGAGAAAAGUGACAGUACAAGUGUUUGUUAUGAUUAUUAUUUUUUUGCUCUUUGCUAACAAAGUGUUGUAAUGUCGUAGUAAAAUAAUUAUUUGAUAUACGGGUUUAUUAAAUAUUUCAAAGUUAACAUAACUUGCUAUAAUUUAUUGAAAACUGCUCUUUAUACUCAAACAAAUUCUCAUUGUUAUUAAGCAACGUGAUUGCUUAUAAAAUUUGUAUUUUCAAGGACGAAUUCAGGACAAAUUAAGGGAAUACAACUUGUAGAAGGCGGAAAGGUAACUGGACGCUGGUGGAAUCAAGUUAUUCUAUAUCAAAAGGAAGGCUCAUGAAAAAUGCGUGGAAUUGAGGGCAAAGUGGUGGUACUGGGCUCACGAGGAGUUGGUAAGACACACUUGAUUACAAAAUAUAUAAAAAACACAUUGCAUAGAGACAUUGGUCCCACGAUAGCGGCGUCCUUCUUUACUUGCAAGGUGCUCUUGGACGAUGUAAAAAUCAAAUUACAAAUUUGGGACACAGCUGGGCAGGAGCGCUUCAAAGCCGUCGCACCAAUGUAUUAUCGCAACGCCAAUGCAGCUAUUUUAGUUUUCGAUCUGACACAACACAAAACAUUUGUCGAUAUCAAAGCGUGGAUACAAGAGCUGCACCGCCACGUGCUGGAACCCAUGAUACUCACACUGGUCGGCAACAAGCUCGAUUUGCUAGCACAGCGCACUGUUACGCACGACGAAGCAUACCUGUUCGCCUCGUCCAUCGGCGCUACCUACUUCGAGGCAUCAGCCGAAACGGAUCAAGGGCUCGAACAAGUAUUUCUCUCCACCGCAUUGGGUCUGGUGCGUUUGGCGGAUGAGGGUAAGAGUUGUUCGUUGCGCCAAUUCAAUUCGUGUGACUCCAUAUCAGCCUAUACGAACAACAACACCGCCUUAAGCCACACUUGUGCAGCGCUGUCAGCGAAAAACGGCAAUGCAGCUUUUCGUUUGCCAUACGUAGACAUCGGCAUACCCGUGGAUGGUGAUGAUGAGCGCAAAGUGACGGGCGUGGGCAGACUUGAGACGCCUUCGUGGAGCAUUUCACACAUAGCGUUCGGAGAAGAGGAGUCUACCAGCUGCUGUUGGUAAUCCAGAUAUUAACAAAACAUUAUAACGGCGUGUAGCUUUAAAAGGGGCUAACUUUAACAAUGGACAGGUGAUUUACUCAUAUACAAGUGUAUAUUCUAUAUUUGCUGAGUACGAAUAGGGAGCAAAAUGUAAAAAUGUUUCAAAAUGUAAAACUAAAAGCAAUUAUAAUGAUAAUUAGAUUAAUUCUACAAUAUACCUGUAAAUAAUAAGUUCCACAAGCCGUUGGUGGGCGGUAGUUCGUCGCGUGAGAACGCAAAAGCGCUCGUGACUAAGCUUAGUUGAUAAGUUGCGCUACUGCCUACUUUUGUACUGAUAUUAAAUAUAAGCGCAUUCGUACGAGCCCAUUUUGCAUGAGGAAUUUUUUUUUAAUUCGAAAUCAAUUAUUUCUAAAAAGUAAUUUAUUUUUGUUGAAAAUAAACAGUUAUUUGAGGAAUAGCAGUUGUAGCAGUAAUUAUUUGCUUACUGAAGGCAUUAAGACGCUUUUGUUAUUAGCUUUACUGAAAUGUUUAAUAAAACAAUAACAUAAUCAAAACCAACACAUGUACAAACGACAGCAACAGAGCAUAUAAAUUUAAGAGCACUAACCAUCGUCGCAAACAAAAGAGACAGAAGAGACGUAGAUCAAAGACGUUGUAUUCUCAUAUUUGUAAGAAAUCAUUUAUUAAUGUAAAUACAUAACACCUAGUACAUAUACACCGGUACUUAUAUGCAAGGAGAGAACAUUCAAGCCAAAUAUAUAAAUACAAAAAUCA